GGGCCAGACUUCCAGGCCUUCCUUUUGACCAAGCUGAUCAACGCUGAAUACGCCUGCUACAAAGCAGAGAAGUUUGCCAAACUAGAAGAGCGAACGCGGGCGGCUCUGCUGGAGACCCUCUACGAGGAGCUGCACCUCAACAGCCAGUCCAUGAUGGGCCUGGGGGCUGAGGAGGACAAGAUGGAGAACGGCGGGGGAGGCAGCAGCAGCUUCUUUGAAUCGUUCAAGCGAGUGAUUCGCAGCCGCAGCCAGUCGAUGGACGCCAUGGGUCUCAGCAGCAAGAAACAGAGCACCGUCACCACCAGCCACAGCGGGAGCUUUGGGCACCCCAGCCCUGACAUCGCCAAAGCCCUGGGCCUAGAGAGCCCAUUCCCCUCAACGCAUUCCAACAAGCGCGAUUCCUUCAUGUACAGCACGUGGCUGGACGACAGCACCAGCACCCCCAGUGGGGGCAGCUCUCCAGGCCCCUCGCGCUCCCCACAGCCGGAUCCCAGGAAGCCCACGGACCCCCCUUGCCCAGAGAUCCAGAUCCAGCUCGAACACUCGGACCAGCAACCCCCACACCUGAGCUGUUAACCUCCCUCCUGUCUCAUGGAUGUGCCUCUUGACCAGCUCACAGCAAAGAAGCACAAGCUGAGGCAACGGUGGAGAAGUCCCAUCUUCGUCUCGGAACAAAGACGACCUCUCCGACCAGCAAAUCCUGCUUCUCCUGAUCCUCCCUUUUAAGCCGCUGCUUCUCUCCGACCCUCCAGGCCACGUCCGUGUGGCGAAUUCCUUCCCUCACGGUGCAAGACAAGCCGGGCAUUGCCUCUGGCCUCAAUUUCUUCCCUCCCCUCUUCCAUGAGCUGGGCUCCGAGAUGCCCCCUUCCCCAAUUCCAUCCCUAACCCAAACCCUGUGGAGUCAAAAUGGUGGACAAUCGCGGAGCACUACGGAGAAAGGCCUGUGUGUUUCCCACCGUCCCCGUCCAUCCGCGGAGGCCGUCUGGACUGGCUACGGUGGCGGAGGCAGAGAGCCUUCGGGCUGUUCUUGGCUUUCCUAUCGCAGAGGCCGGCAGUCACGCCAUUUGCCGGGGAAGGAGCUGCAAGUAGAAGUUUUCUGGAUCUCCGGAUCUCUGGACGGUGUUUCAGCACGCGGAGGAGAUUCCAGGGGUGGAGAUGUUUAUGGAACACCAUCUGGAUUACGCCUGGAUCAGCUCCCCCACUCCCCGUCUCCAUUUCUCCAGCUGGCCUUGCCACCGAUGCUCCUUCUGCGUCUCUCUCCCCUGCCCCGGUUGGCACACUGCCCUCAUUGCUCCUUCUGCGUCUCUCUCCCCUGCCCCGGUUGGCACACUGCCCUCAUUUCUCGUCACGUUGCCCCCCUCCCUCCCCAUGACAGCCGUGCUCCCUCUUAUCCUAGGGAAUUUUGGCAGUUGGGAGGGGGGGCAGAGCGUAUCCUGCCCAGACGUGCCCAAUCUCUCCCUCCCUCCAUGUUCAUCCCAAAGAAACUUUGACAAUCUCGCCACAGGUCAGCUAGGGUGUGGAGGAAGGGCUCGGCUGAUUCUGGUGACUUUCAGGCUGGUCCAAGGCAGCUGGGCCACCAGCCCUCCCCCCUUCACCCCAUGGGCUGGCCAAAGGAGCCAGGAGACCCCAUUUGACACUGGCUGGGCUCUUAAGCUUCAGGGACCUCCCCUCUGUGCUGUAGUUGAGUUACCCCCAUGCUGUGCAGGGUUUAAAAGGUGGGCAAUGCACCCUACUGGCUCCACGGGUGUCUGGAUCAGGGAAAGCCCCCACCCCCCCAAAUUCCUAGCCAUCCACGUUUAAUUUUAAACAUCCUUUGGAUGAUGUGAAAAGAUUAAUUCCACGAUGCCUGGGCCUCUAUGUUCUUAUGUCUGUUGCGUAAAUCCAUCCUUUCUUUCUUCCUUCCCUUUUUUGGGGGGGUUGUUUCGCUUAAUUUUAUUUUAUUUUUUAAAAAGAUGCACAAAAUCCAUGAACUUAACAAAGUUUAAACAUUGCGUUUAAUUUAAACUCCAAGACUGUACUCGUGUUUCCA